CUCAGAAGAAGGACUUCAGGAGAGACGAACAAUAAAAAUAAUUUUUUGGAAAAAAAAAAGGGGAUUUUUGAUGAAGAUGAUUCCACUGUUUUUUGCAGCCACCUUCCUCAAGUUCUCCUCAUGGGCAACAGUAAAUGGUCUGCCUUGUGAUCAGAUGCUCCAAUCUCAGCAACCUCCACUGAACGUAAACAGUGUAAAGCCUGCAGACAUAGCGGUUUUAGCCUCGAUUGGACUGCACAUGCACAGCACCGGGUUAUCCACUGUCGUAUCAAAACUUCAAGAAUUGAUGAGCAUGUACAAUCCUGCACUGAUUGAUACUUAUUUGGAGGAAGCAGAUAUGACUGGAGCCAGCACACUAGUGGAGCAAGCAGAAGAGGCAUCACUCCAUCUCCAGAACAAUCAGCAUUCUUGGAAGCUGGUGCUUCUUUUUGUGCAAGUGGACCAGCUCUGUGCACGUGACCAACAGGAGGUCGAGGCUGUUAUCAGAUCAGUGCGUGGUGAGGUGGACGCUGCUUUACAGCUGCUGCAUGCUCAGAUGAAGCGGACUCUGGUCAGUGUUGCGUUAUGGGAUGGAGAGAGCUACACUUUCCAAAGAAAGUUAUGCCCAGGUCUGGAAGAAAAUCAAGGUGGAGAGGUCAGACUUUUAAAAGCCAUGCUGACUCAUGCCUUGCAGGCAUCUCUGUAUGAGCUCAUGACAGAGAGAAACUGGGACAGAGAAGACUUCAGUGUUAUCGUGCAGGAUAAACCUCUUGUCAGACACCUCGCUUCUGCUAACAGCGGGAAGUCACAAGCGUCCCAUGAAACUGAUAAACUGAUGGUGCAGUUGUGGACAAACCUGCUGCAGCCUGCGAGCGACAAACAGAACACCGAUGACAACGGAAACAUCAUUACGUUGCAAUGUCCAACUAUCGACCGGCCCUUCCUGAGGACAGAGGGGAACUCUCCUACAAAUGACAGCAGCAAGACUUCUCCUCUCAUUUCUCCUGAUAUGGGCACAACCAUGCAUUGUGAGGACAUCGGCCCUUCCGUCUCCACACCCAACUCUGUGCAUGAGCUAAGGCCAGGCGAUAUACGGGUGGUGGCUGCUGUUGGAGACUCUCUGACAGCAGGGAAUGGAAUAGCAUCCAGCCCAACAAACGUCCUGGAUGUCCUGACUCAAUAUCGAGGUUUAUCUUGGAGUGUUGGUGGAGACGAAAACCUCACGACCGUAACAACUCUGCCCAAUAUAUUAAAGCAUUUUAAUGCCAACGUGACGGGUUUCUCUGUUGGCCGGGGGAAACAAUCCACGCCUCAGGCUUUUCUCAACCAGGCUGUGGCUGGAGCAAAAAGCAAGGACGUGCCAUCUCAAGUGCGCACCCUUGUGGCGCGGAUGAAGAAUGACUCCAGCAUCAACUUCAAAUCCGACUGGAAAGUGAUCACUUUGUUUGUAGGUGGGAACGACAUCUGUGACUACUGCUACAAUUCGCUCUUCUUCUCAGUGGAAAAUUAUGUCAAAAAUGUCAGAGAAAGCCUGGAUUAUCUACACAAAGAGGUUCCACGAGCUCUUGUCAACUUAAUCGAACCCCUGGACAUUAUCCCCUUGAGAAAAAUGCACGUGGACGCCUCAUUGAAAUGCCCUACCUGGCUCGUCAAUUUUCUGUGCCCUUGUGUCAUCUUACCAAAGCCCACCUCGACCUCACUGGAAAAACUGGAGAACCUAAACAGACAAUAUCAGCUGAUGCUGAACGAACUGGUGGAGUCCAAUCGUUACGACACCCGGCCGGACUUCACUGUGGUCAUUCAGCCUUUUUUCAGAGAAAUCAUGGUUCCCAUAUUACCAGACGGCCGCCCCGAUCGCUCGUACUUCAGUGCCGACUGUUUCCACCUGAGCCAGAAGGCCCACACUCAGAUGGCUCGCUCCUUGUGGAACAACAUGCUGGAACCACUAGGAAAUAAAACAUCCUUUCAAGAUUUUCGCAAAGACAUUCAACUGAAAUGUCCCUCAAAGACUUCCCCAUUUAUCCGCACUUAUCGCAACAGCAACUACACGUACGCUCCUCCUCCACCAACACCAGCACCUAAUACAAACUGGGGAAGUGAUUUCUCCUGUGUGGACCUUGCUCCAUCUCCCUCUGUGCCAACAUCAGUUCACAAGCUCAGACCAGCGGACAUCAAGGUGGUGGCGGCAGUGGGAGACUCGACAACGGCUGGCACGGGGGCUAAAGCCAAGAAUCUGUUGGAGCUCAGUCGGGAAUAUAAAGGCGUGUCUUGGAGCAUUGGAGGAGACCGCACACUGGACACCGUAACAACACUACCAAACAUCCUAAGAAAGUUCAACUCAGCCCUCAAAGGCUUCUCCAAAGGUCAAGGUUCAAGACAGAAUGGCUUCAACAUGGCCACAACAGGAGCCAAAACCUCGGACAUCCAAAUGCAAAUCCAAAUUCUCAUAAAGGCCAUGCGAGAACACAAGGAGGUGAACUUUGACAAGGACUGGAAACUUCUCACAAUAUUUGUAGGGGCGAAAGACCUUUGCCAAUACUGCACUGACCAAAACAAUCUGUCACCGAGUAAUUACAGUCACAAUCUAAUGCUCGCGUUGGACGAACUUUACCAAGAGGUACCCAGGCUGUUGGUCAAUCUAGUGGGGAUAAUGCAAAUGGACACGAUAAAGCAAGUCAAGAAAAACACUCUGGGAUGCUCCUUGCUGCAGAGAACAAUCUGCCCUUGUGUUAUCAACCCAACUGAAAACUCCCCAGAGAUAAAGGAGAUAAAACAAAUCAACCUUGAAUACCAGGCUGAAAUCCAUAAUCUUAUUUCUGGAUCUCGUUAUGAUGGGAAAGAAGAUUUUGCUGUUGUUCUUCAGCCAUUUUUACACAAUUUCUUCAUCCCUAAUAUAGGGGAAGGGGAGGUAGACACCACUUUCUUCUCUGUGGACUGUUUUCAAAUCAGUGAGCGAACUCAUGCAGAGAUGGCCAUCGGGCUCUGGAAUAACAUGUUGGAGCCUGUAGGUAGGAAACAAGCUUACAACAACUUCACCUAUGACCGCUCCAAGAUUCACUGUCCCACGGAGGCUAGUCCCUUCAUCUUCACCAAAGUCAACAGCGCGUCUCCUCCAACUUGGACAACCACGACGGCCGCCUCCCAUCCCACGACCUCGCCAAACAGUACGGCAACCGGGUUUGUGCCCCUGUGCGCGACCCCCCAGCCGCUGUGGCUUCCAAUUGUAGUGGGAGUUGUUAGCUUACUGGUGGGAAUCACUUCUGCCUGGUUCGUGUGCUCUUUCAUACUAGCUAAAAGACACAAGACAGAGUGCCAGGUAGAAUUGCGAGCAGUAGCAUUGUAAUGCAAUUAAA